GGGCGUACUAGCGGCGCUUUCCACUCCGGCAGACGCGCGGGCGCCCGGGCGCGGCGCCGCCGGCACCGGAGAGGCACGGCAGCCGCGGCGGGCGCCCGGGCGGGAUCGGCGCUGAGCCGCCUUCUCGGCCAGCUGGUCCCUGCGGCGGCUGCCCGGCGGCCCGGGCGGGCGGCCCUUCGCCAUGUACACCUUCGUGGUGCGCGAUGAGAACAGCAGCGUCUACGCCGAAGUCUCCCGGCUGCUUCUCGCCACCGGUCACUGGAAGAGGCUGCGGCGAGACAACCCCAGGUUCAACCUGAUGUUGGGAGAGAGGAACCGGCUACCCUUCGGGAGACUGGGUCACGAACCCGGGCUGGUACAGUUGGUGAAUUACUACAGGGGCGCUGACAAACUGUGUCGCAAAGCUUCUUUAGUGAAGCUAAUCAAGACAAGCCCUGAACUGGCUGAGUCCUGCACAUGGUUCCCUGAGUCCUAUGUGAUUUAUCCAACCAAUCUCAAGACCCCGGUUGCUCCAGCACAGAAUGGAAUUCAGCCACCGAUCAGUAACUCAAGGACAGAUGAAAGAGAAUUCUUUCUCGCUUCUUAUAACAGAAAGAAGGAGGAUGGAGAGGGCAACGUUUGGAUUGCAAAGUCAUCAGCUGGUGCCAAAGGUGAAGGCAUCCUCAUCUCGUCAGAGGCUUCAGAGCUUCUUGAUUUCAUAGACAACCAGGGCCAAGUGCACGUGAUCCAGAAAUACCUGGAGCACCCUCUACUGCUUGAGCCAGGUCAUCGCAAGUUUGACAUUCGAAGCUGGGUCUUGGUGGAUCAUCAGUAUAAUAUCUACCUCUAUAGAGAGGGUGUGCUUCGGACUGCUUCAGAACCAUAUCAUGUUGAUAAUUUCCAAGACAAAACAUGCCAUUUGACCAAUCACUGCAUUCAAAAAGAGUACUCAAAGAACUACGGGAAGUAUGAAGAAGGAAAUGAAAUGUUCUUCAAGGAGUUCAAUCAGUACCUAACAAGUGCUUUGAACAUUACCCUAGAAAGUAGUAUCUUACUACAAAUCAAACAUAUAAUAAGGAACUGCCUCCUGAGCGUGGAGCCUGCCAUUAGCACCAAGCACCUCCCUUACCAGAGCUUCCAGCUCUUCGGCUUUGACUUCAUGGUGGAUGAGGAGCUGAAGGUGUGGCUCAUUGAGGUCAAUGGUGCCCCUGCGUGUGCUCAGCAAAAGCCCAGGACCAGACGGUAAGCCAGAUGGUAAGGAAUUAACACCACUAUUUCAUAGAGUCUCCUAAAAAAUAGAAGAGAAGAAAAUACUCCUCAAUUGAGAAGAGUGUCUCAAUUGAGAAGAGUGUCCUCGAUUUUAUGAGGUCACUCUUAAUACUCUGAUACCAAAACCAGACAAAAAUGUCACAAGAAAAGCAAAUAGAAGACCAAUAAUCUCUUGGGAAUACAAAUGGAAAAAAUCUUCAACCAAAUACUAGUAAACCAAAUCCAGCAACAUAGAAAAAGGAUUAUACAUUAUGACUAAGUAGGACUUAUCCUAAGAUUACAAAGUUUGGAAUCACGUAUGUUCUCUUAUAAGUGGGAGCUAGGCUGGGCGUGGUGGCUCACUCCUGUAAUCUCAGCACUUCUAGGAGGCCAAGGUGGGCAGAUCAAAUGAGGCCAGGAGUUUGAGUCCAGCCUGGGCAACAUGGUUAAAUCUCGUCUCUAUUAAAAAUAUAAGAAUUAGCCAGGCAUGGUGGUGCAUGCCUGUAAUCCCAGCUACUCUGAUGGCUGAGGCACAAGAAUCACUUGAACCUAAGAAGAGGAGGUUGCAGUGAGCUGAGAUUGCACAACUGCUCUCUAUCCUAGGUGACAGAGCAAAAUCCUGUCUCAAAAAAAAUUAAAAAAUGGGAGUUAAACAGUGGGUACACAUGGACAUAAAGAUGGGGACAGGCCAGGUGCAGUGACUCAUGCCUAUAAUCCCAGCACUUUGGGAGGCCAAGGUGGGCGGAUCACAAGGUCAGAAGAUUGAGACCAUCCUGGCUAAUAUGGUGAAACCCCAUCUCUACUAAAAAUACAGAAAAUUAGCCAGGCGUGGUGGCAGGCGCCUAUAAUCCCAGCUACUCGGCAGGCUGAGGCAGGGGAAUUGCUUGAACCCGGGAGGUGGAGGUUGCAGUGAGCCGAGAUUGCGCCACUGCACCACUGCACUCCAGCCUGGGUGACAGAGACUCUGUCUCAAAAAAAAAAAAAAAAAAAAAAGAUGGGAACAGCAGAUACUGGGGACUACUAGCGCCAAGAGAGAAGGAGGGGAGCAAAGAUUGAAAACUACCUAUUGGAUACUAUGCUCACUACCUGGGUGACAGGUUCAACCAUACCCCAGACCUCAGCAUCACGCAGUAUACCUUUGUAACAAACUUGCACAUGUACCUCCCGAUUCUGAAACAAACGUUGAGAAGGGGAAAAGAAAGAAUGCAAAGUUUGUUUAACUUACAAAAUUUACUUAAUAUAAUAUACCACUUUAAUAGGAAAAAAAGGACAAAAAGCACAUGAUCAUUUCAAUAUACACUGAAAAAGCAUUUGGCAAUACACAACACUCUUUCUUGGAAAAAACCUCUCAACAAACGAAAUAAAUUACUUCCUCAACUUGAUAAAGAGCAUCUUUGGAAAAACCCACAGCCUACAUCAUAUUAAUGGUGAUGUGAAAGCUCCAGUUGGGAACUUUCUUCCCAAUAUCAGGCACAAAACAGUUAUAUUUAUUCUUGUCACUUCAACAUUGUACUAAAUGUUAUAGACAGAGCAAUUAGACAAAAGGAAGGAAGGAAGAGUGCGCAUUCAGAUCGGAAAGGGAGAAGUAUGACGAUCUCUCUUUGCAGACGACAAGAUAUCAUAUAGAAAAAGUCCUAAGAAAUCCACUAACGCUGAUAGAAUGUUCAGCAAGAUUGCCAGACACAAGAUCAAUAUACAAAACUCAAUGGUAUUUCUACAUAUUACAAACAACUUGAAGUUAAGAAAACAAUUCCAUUUAUAUCAACAUCAAAAAGAAUGAAAUACUUAGGAAUAAAUUUAACAAAAGUUCAUUUCUACACCAAAUACUACAAAACAUCUCUGAAAGAAAUUAAAGAACACCUAAAUAAAUGGAAAGACAUCCCAUGUUUAUGGAUUGGGAGACAAUUAUUGUUAGGAUGAAAAUAGGCCCCAAAUUGAUCUACAGAUUGAACACAAUCCUGAUCAAGAAUCUCAGCCUUCUUUGCAGAAAUUGACAAGUUGGACAGGGCAUGGUGGCUCACGCCUGUAAUCCCAGCACUUUGGGUGGCCGAGGCAGGUGGAGCACUUGAGGUCAGGAGUUCAAGACCAGCCUGGCCAACAUGGUAAAACCCCGUCUCUACUAAAAAUACAAAAUUAGCCAGGCAUGGUGGUGCAUGCCUGUAAUCUCAGCUAUUUGGGAGGCUGAGGCAGGAGUUGGAGGUUGCAGUGAGCCGAGAUCAUGCCACUGCACUGCAACCUCAGCAACAAGAGCGAAACUCUGUCUCAAAAAAACAAAAAACAAAACAAAACAAAAAAAGAGAGAAAGAAAUUGACAAGCUAAGCUGGUGCUAAAAUCCAUAUUGAAAUACAAAGGAUCAAAGAAAUCUGGAGAAAGAAGAACAAAGUUGGAGGAUGUGCACUUCCUGAUUUCAAAAUUUAUUACAAAGCUAUAUUAAUCAAAUCUGUGUAGUAUUGUAGACAGACAUACAGACAAAUGUAGAUAGACAUACAGAUCAAGAGAAUAGAACUGAGAGUCAAAAAUAAACCCUUGCAUCUAUGGUGAAUUGAUUUUCGACAAGGAGGCCAAGAAAAUUUGAUGAGGGAAAGAAUAGUCUUUUUAACAAAUGGUGUUAGGACAACUGGCUACCCACAUGGAAAGGAAUAAAGUGAUAUGCCUUUCUCACCCCAUAUACAAAAAUUAGCUCAGAAUGGGUCAAAGACUUAAAUGUAAGAGUUGAAACUACAAAACUCUAAGUAGAAAAUGUAGGUAAAAAUUCCCAUGAUUGAAAAAGAUCCAGUAUUUGAUAGCACAACAGGGUGACUGCAGUCAGCAAUAAUUUGUUGUACCUUUAAAAGUAACUGAGGAAGUACAAUUGGAAUGUUCAUAACAUAGAAAUGAUGAAUGCUUGAAGUGAUGGAAACCCCAUCUAUCCUCCUGUGAUUAUUACAUUGUAUGCCUGUAUCAAAACAUCUCAUAUACCCCCUAAAUAUGCUAAUUAUGUACCCAUAAAAAUGUUUUAAAAUCCUCAUGACCUUGGAUUACACGAUGAUGUCUUACAUAUGAUAUAAAAAGACAGGCAACAAAAGAAAAAAAACACACUUCAAAACUAAAACGGUUUGCUUCAAAGGACACCAGCAAGAAAGUAAAAACCCACAGAAUGGGAGAAAAUAUUUGCAAAUCAUGUAUCUGACAAGGACUAGUAUAGGUUAUAUAAAGAACUACAACUACUCAGUUGGCUGGGCGCGCGCGGUGGGUCAUGCCUGUAAUCCCAGCAUUUAGAGAGGCAUAGGCGAGAGGAUCGCUUGAGGUCGGAAGUUCAAGACCAGCUUGUGCAACACAGACUCCCGGCUCACAUUUUUUAUAAAAAGUGAUAUAGGAAGGAAAAGUACCAGGUGAACCAGGAAAAGGGGAAGUUGACAGUAAGGAGGGACUCUCAGGGACAGAAGGAUACUGGGUAGUGGUGGUUUAACUGUUUUGUGGUGAUGGCUGCAUGGUUGUAUACAUAGGUCAAAACUUAACACGUACACUUUAAAUGUGUGGUUGAUUGCAUGCCAGUUAUAACGCAAUAUAGCUGUUAAACACACACACAAUGAAGUUGAAAGGCCAGCAGCCAUUACCUGGUUAACAGUGUUCUGGGGAGGUAAAGGCUCACAGGGACGCAAAGGAUCUUCAGGCUGUAAAUCCAGUUGGACGCCCCGCUGCCCUAUCCCCUCCAUCCGAGACCGCCCGAUACCUAUCCCACCUCCCUCCCCAGGCCUCCCCCAGGACUCCAGUCCAGAAGAUGCGAGGAGGUUAGCGGGGCCCGACCACUCCUUGGCUUCCCAGGGAUGAGCCUCGCGAGUUAGGAGUUGGGUAGAGUCAGCCCCGGGCCUGGCAUCCGCUUUUUCGUUGAAGCAACAACUUUG